GAAACUCGGUGCUCCGGACCUGCGAAUACUCUCGGUUGGGAUUCGAGUCGGGUUUUCGAUUGGGGUUAUUUCACCGGGGUUACAAUCUAUCUCUCUCAAAAGUCUCUCUCUUUCUAAAAAUUCUCUCUUAAAUAGACCACUCGCCGGUGCUCUGGCAGAGUGAAACUUUCGUUUCUCCGGCGACUUACCGCCAAAAUAUCUGUCCAGGUCACUGUUUGCUAUCGUUGGUGGAUAAAUGGAACAUCCUGAGGAUGACAGUCGUGUUGGAGAUGGACAUCAUGGGAAACAAGAUGGUGAGGAGGCUGUUGCUCGUCUUGAGGAAUUUAAGAAAUCAGUGGAGGCAAAAAUGGCUCUCCGACAGAGUAAUUUGAACCCUGAAAGGCCAGACUCAGGAUUUCUCAGGACAUUAGACUCCAGCAUUAGGCGCAACACAGCAGUUAUUAAAAAACUUAAACAGAUCAAUGAAGAACAACGGGAAGGUUUGAUGGAUGAUUUACGAGGUGUCAACUUAAGCAAAUUCGUUAGCGAAGCGGUCACAGCUAUUUGUGAUGCCAAGCUUAGAACUUCAGACAUACAAGCCGCAGUUCAGAUUUGUUCUUUGCUUCAUCAAAGGUACAAAGACUUCGCACCUAGUUUGAUUCAAGGCCUCUUGAAAAUAUUCUUUCCUGGAAAAUCUGGGGAUGACUUGGACACCGACAGAAAUUCCAGAGCCAUGAAGAAGCGAAGCACGUUAAAACUUCUUAUGGAACUUUACUUUGUUGGAGUUAUAGAAGAUUGUGGCAUUUUCAUUAAUAUCGUCAAGGAUCUUACAGCUGUAGAGCACUUGAAGGACCGAGAUGCAACUCAAACUAAUCUGUCACUUCUUGCUAGUUUUGCGCGACAAGCGAGAUAUUUCCUUGGACUCCCUCAGUCUGGACAAGAAGUUCUUGAAGAGCUUUUUAAGGGCCUUAAUAUCACAGCAGAUCAGAAGAAAUUCUUCAAAAAGGCAUUUCAUACAUAUCAUGAUGCAGCUGCAGAACUACUUCAGUCAGAAUAUAAUUCACUUCGUCAAAUGGAGCAUGAAAAUGCAAAGAUUCUAAAUGCUAAAGGUGAGCUCAGCGAAGAAAAUGCUUCUUCGUAUGAAAAGCUGCGAAAAUCCUACGACCAACUGUACCGUGGUGUAUCAACUUUAGCAGAAGCACUUGAUAUGCAACCUCCUGUGAUGCCAGAGGAUGGUCACACAACGAGGAUCACAACUGGGGAGGAUGCAACGUCUACUGGUGCAGGAAAAGAUUCUUCUGUUCUUGAAGCCAUGUGGGAUGAUGAAGAUACGAGGGCUUUUUAUGAAUGCUUACCAGAUCUCAGAGCAUUUGUUCCUGCAGUAUUACUGGGAGAAGCAGAACCCAAGGUGAACGAUCAAUCUCCAAAGACACAAGAGCAAUCAACUGAUUUGUCACCUGAAUCAGACCAAGUUCAGGUGGGUACUCAAGAUACUGCAGAAGUUUCUGCAGAUUCUGGAGCUUUGAAGGAUGGAAAAAAUGAGAAAGGGAAGGAUAAAGAUGAAAAAGAUAAAGAGAAGCUCAAAGAUCCAGACAAAGAGAAAGGAAAAGAAAAGGAUGCUGAUAGAAAAGCUGAAAGUGAGAAGGAGAAACUUAAAGGUCUUGAGGGAACUAAUCUAGAUGCUUUACUGCAAAGGCUUCCGGGUUCUGUGAGCCGUGACCUGAUUGAUCAGUUGACUGUAGAAUUUUGUUAUUUAAAUUCAAAGUCCAGCCGGAAAAAGCUUGUGAGGGCAUUGUUUAAUGUUCCCAGGACAUCUCUAGAACUUUUGGCAUACUACUCACGCAUGGUUGCUACACUGUCAACUUGUAUGAAGGAUGUUUCUUCCAUGCUCUUACAGCUGCUGGAGGAGGAGUUCAACUUUUUAAUAAAUAAGAAGGAUCAAAUGAACAUUGAAACAAAGAUCAGAAAUAUUCGAUUUAUUGGAGAACUCUGCAAGUUUAAAGUUGCACCUGCUGGCCUUGUUUUCAGUUGUCUGAAGGCUUGUUUAGAUGAUUUUACUCAUCAUAACAUUGACGUAGCUUGCAAUCUUCUUGAGACUUGCGGCCGUUUCCUUUACCGGUCUCCUGAAACUACUGUGCGCAUGGCCAACAUGCUGGAGAUAUUGAUGCGCUUAAAAAAUGUAAAAAAUUUGGAUCCUCGUCAUAGUACCCUUGUAGAAAAUGCUUAUUACCUGUGUAAACCACCAGAAAAAUCUGCACGAGUCUCGAAAGUCCGUCCUCCAUUGCAUCAGUAUAUUAGAAAACUACUUUUCUCAGAUCUUGAUAAGUCUUCCAUUGAGCAUGUGCUGAGACAACUUCGUAAACUGCCAUGGAGUGAAUGUGAGCCCUACCUUUUAAAAUGCUUUCUGAAAGUUCACAGAGGAAAAUAUGGUCAGAUUCAUCUGCUUGCUUCACUUACAACUGGUCUGAGUCGCUAUCAUGAUGAAUUUGCAGUAGCUGUUGUUGACGAGGUUUUGGAGGAAAUUAGGCUGGGAUUAGAAUUGAAUGACUAUGGGAUGCAGCAACGACGCAUUGCCCACAUGCGGUUCUUAGGGGAGCUAUACAACUAUGAACAUGUGGAUUCAUCUGUUAUUUUUGAUACACUCUAUUUAGUACUCCUUUUUGGCCAUGGGACAGCGGAGCAAGAUACGUUGGAUCCACCAGAAGAUUGUUUCCGCAUCAGGAUGGUUACCACACUUCUUGAAACCUGUGGGCACUAUUUUGAUCGAGGUUCUUCAAAGAGGAAGCUCAACCGAUUUCUGAUUCAUUUCCAGAGGUACAUACUCAGCAAAAGUCCAUUACCUCUGGAUAUUGAAUUUGACUUGCAGGACUUAUUUGCAGAUUUACGACCCAACAUGGCACGGUAUUCGUCCAUUGAAGAAGUUAAUAUGGCUCUAAUUGAACUUGAGGAGCAUGAACGGACAGUUUCAACUGAUAAGGCCAACAGUGAGAAGCACUCAGACACAGAAAAACCUCCAAGCAGGAGUACUUCUGGCAGCAUCUCUAUCAAUGGACAAAACCUUGCAAAUGGUAUUGAGGAAAAUGGUGGUGUGCAUGAGGUCAUAGUGGACAGGGACAGUGACAGUGACUCUGGUAGUGGCACCAUUGACCCAGAUGGUCACGAUGAUGAAGAAGAGUUAGAUGAAGAUAAUCGUGAUGAUGGGUCCGACAGUGAGGAUGAUUACGAUGAUGGGGGUGGACCUGCUUCUGAUGAUGAUGAUGAAGUCCACGUCAGGCAGAAGGUGACACAGGUGGAUCCACAGGAGGAAGCUGACUUUGACCGAGAACUUAGGGCUCUAAUGCAGGAGAGCUUGGAUUCAAGAAAGCUGGAAUUGCGUUCCCGCCCAACAUUAAACAUGAUGAUACCAAUGAAUGUGUUUGAGGGUCCUACCAAGGAUCAUCAUGGAAGGGGGAUUGAUGGGGAGAGUGGCGACGAGACACUGGAUGAAGAGGCUGGAGGAAGCAAGGAGGUUCAGGUGAAAGUUCUUGUGAAGCGUGGGAACAAGCAACAAACAAAGCAGAUGUACAUUCCUAGGGAUUGCUCACUUGUGCAGAGCACAAAACUGAAGGAAGCAGCUGAGCUUGAAGAGAAGCAAGACAUCAAAAGACUGGUGUUGGAGUAUAACGAUAGAGAAGAGGAGGAGCUUAAUGGGUUGGGUACCCAGCCAACAGGCUGGACACAAAGUGGUAGCAGCAGAGUCGCCAAUCGGGGCCACACAUGGGACGGACAUGGUGGGAGAACUGCUGGAUCACGUCACCGUCAUCAGUAUUAUUCGAGUGGUGGACUUUAUAAUAGCAGGAGAAGAUAAAAGUAAUAUCAUUAACUUGCCAAAGCUAGAGAGAUGCCAUCUGCCCCUAAGCUCGCCCUCACUCUUCAACCCAAUACAAGAUUGAUCAAGAUCCAUGCUAUAUACACAAAGUUGGUCGCAAAAUGUUAUGAACCUCUGAUGGUGUGGAGAAAAGGAGCCGAAUACUGACCUUUUUUUUUCCUUCUCUUUCAUGAUAUAUUAGUAAGCUUAGAAUUCAAGUUGAUCUGUUGCUAUGGCGGUGUAGGAAUUUGGAAAAUGAAGACAGAGAAGGGUUGUUAUAUAUAUAUAUAUAUAUACAUAUAUUGAGCUAUGUAGUGGGGAAUUUCAGAGAUGUAUGGGGUCCUAAAUUUUUUCAGGUCUUGAACUCCGUGAAUCAAUCUACACCAAUGUAUAUUUUGUCAAUAUAUGAAGAAAGUAUGCGAAUUUUAUGUGAA